AUUGAAGCAAACAUGUCUGGAGAAGUGCGUUUGAGGCAGUUGGAGCAGUUUAUUUUGGAUGGGCCCGCUCAGACCAAUGGGCAGUGCUUCAGUGUGGAAACGUUACUGGAUAUCCUCAUCUGCCUUUACGAUGAAUGCAAUAAUUCUCCAUUGAGAAGAGAGAAGAACAUUCUUGAAUACCUAGAAUGGGCUAAACCAUUUACUUCUAAAGUGAAACAGAUGCGAUUACAUAGAGAAGACUUUGAAAUAUUAAAGGUGAUUGGUCGAGGGGCUUUUGGAGAGGUUGCUGUAGUGAAACUAAAAAAUGCAGAUAAAGUAUUUGCCAUGAAAAUAUUGAAUAAAUGGGAAAUGCUGAAAAGAGCUGAGACAGCAUGUUUUCGUGAAGAAAGGGAUGUGUUAGUGAAUGGAGACAAUAAAUGGAUUACAACUUUACAUUAUGCUUUCCAGGAUGACAAUAACUUAUACCUGGUUAUGGAUUAUUAUGUUGGUGGGGAUUUGCUUACUCUACUCAGCAAAUUUGAAGAUAGAUUGCCUGAAGACAUGGCUCGAUUUUACUUGGCUGAGAUGGUGAUAGCAAUUGAUUCAGUUCAUCAGCUGCAUUAUGUACACAGAGACAUCAAACCUGACAAUAUAUUGAUGGAUAUGAAUGGACAUAUUCGGUUAGCGGAUUUUGGUUCAUGUCUGAAGCUGAUGGAAGAUGGAACGGUCCAAUCCUCAGUGGCUGUUGGAACUCCAGAUUAUAUCUCUCCUGAAAUCCUUCAAGCCAUGGAAGAUGGAAAAGGCAGAUAUGGACCUGAGUGUGACUGGUGGUCUUUGGGGGUCUGUAUGUAUGAAAUGCUUUAUGGAGAAACACCGUUUUAUGCAGAAUCUCUGGUGGAAACAUAUGGAAAAAUCAUGAAUCACAAAGAGAGGUUUCAGUUUCCCCCGCAAGUGAGUGAUGUGUCUGAAAAUGCUAAGGAUCUUAUUCGAAGACUCAUCUGUAGCAGAGAACAUCGACUUGGUCAAAAUGGAAUAGAAGACUUUAAGAAGCACCCAUUUUUCAAUGGAAUUGAUUGGGAUAAUAUUCGAAACUGUGAAGCACCUUAUAUUCCAGAAGUUAGUAGCCCAACAGAUACGUCGAAUUUUGAUGUGGAUGAUGAUUGUUUAAAGAAUUCUGAAACGAUGCCCCCACCAACACACACUGCCUUUUCUGGUCACCAUCUGCCAUUUGUUGGUUUUACAUAUACUAGUAGCUGUGUUCUUUCUGAUCGGAGCUGUUUAAGAGUUACAGCUGGUCCCACGCCAUUGGAUCUCGAUGUUAAUGUGCAGAGGACUCUAGAUAACAACUUAGCAACUGAAGCUUAUGAAAGAAGAAUUAAGCGCCUUGAGCAGGAAAAACUUGAACUUAGUAGAAAGCUUCAAGAGUCAACGCAGACUGUCCAGGCUCUGCAGUAUUCAACUGCUGAUGGUCCACUAACAGCAAGCAAAGAUUUAGAAAUAAAAAGCUUAAAAGAAGAAAUUGAAAAACUAAGGAAACAAGUAAGAGAAUCAAGUCACUUGGAACAGCAACUUGAAGAAGCUAAUUCUGUGAGGCGAGAAUUAGAUGAUGCUUUUAGACAAAUCAAGGCUUAUGAAAAACAAAUCAAGACAUUACAACAAGAAAGGGAAGAAUUAAAUAAGGAACUAGUCCAGGCUAGUGAGCGAUUAAAAAACCAAUCCAAAGAGCUGAAAGACGCACACUGUCAGAGGAAACUGGCCAUGCAGGAAUUCAUGGAGAUCAAUGAGCGGCUAACAGAAUUGCACACCCAAAAACAGAAACUUGCUCGCCAUGUCCGAGAUAAGGAAGAAGAGGUGGACCUGGUGAUGCAAAAAGUUGAAAGCUUAAGGCAAGAACUGCGCAGAACAGAAAGAGCCAAAAAAGAGCUGGAAGUUCGUACAGAAGCUGUGGCUGCUGAAGCAUCUAAAGACAGGAAAUUGCGUGAACAGAGUGAGCACUAUUCUAAGCAACUGGAGAAUGAACUAGAGGGACUGAAGCAAAAACAAAUUAGUUAUUCACCAGGAGUAUGCAGCAUAGAACAUCAGCAAGAAAUAACCAAACUAAAGACUGAUUUGGAAAAGAAAAGUAUCUUUUACGAAGAAGAAUUGUCCAAGAGAGAAGGAAUACAUGCAAAUGAAAUUAAAAAUCUGAAGAAAGAAUUACAUGAUUCAGAAGGCCAACAACUUGCUCUCAACAAAGAAAUUAUGAUUUUGAAAGACAAAUUGGAAAAAAACAGGAGAGAGAGUCAAAGUGAAAGGGAAGAAUUUGAAAAUGAAUUCAAGCAACAGUAUGAACGAGAAAAAGUGUUACUAACUGAAGAAAAUAAAAAACUGACAAGUGAGCUUGAUAAGCUUACCGCUUUGUGUGAGAACUUAAGUGCACGUAACCAGCAGUUAGAAGAAGAGGUCAAAGAUCUGGCAGAUAAGAAGGAAUCGGUUGCCCAUUGGGAGGCUCAGAUCACAGAAAUAAUUCAGUGGGUCAGUGAUGAAAAGGAUGCACGAGGGUAUCUUCAAGCCUUAGCUUCUAAAAUGACUGAAGAAUUGGAAGCUUUAAGAAACUCCAGCUUGGGUACCCGGGCAACAGAUAUGCCCUGGAAAAUGCGACGUUUUGCAAAACUGGAUAUGUCAGCCAGACUGGAGUUACAGUCAGCUCUGGAUGCAGAAAUAAGAGCCAAACAGGCCAUCCAAGAAGAGCUGAAUAAAGUUAAAGCGUCUAACAUCAUAACAGAAUGUAAACUAAAAGAUUCAGAGAAGAAGAACUUGGAACUACUGUCAGAAAUCGAACAACUGAUAAAGGACACUGAAGAGCUUAGAUCUGAAAAGGGUAUAGAGCACCAAGACUCACAGCAUUCUUUCUUGGCAUUUUUGAAUACGCCUACCGAUGCUCUGGAUCAAUUUGAAGAUUCCUUUUCUUCUUCCUCAUCUUCACUGAUUGAUUUUUUGGAUGACCGCUCUCCAUCCUGUACUCCAGCUAGCAAAGGCAGACGUACUGAUCCCGUUGAGAACACAUAUGUACGGAAUCCGAACGUCAAGUUUUACAUCCAGUCAAGGUCCACCUCUCCUUCCACAUCUAGUGAAGCUGAGCCAGUUAAGACUGUAGACUCUACUCCACUUCCAGUUCAUACACCAACCUUAAGGAAAAAGGGAUGCCCUGGUUCAACUGGCUUUCCACCGAAGCGCAAGACUCAUCAGUUUUUUGUCAAAUCUUUUACUACUCCUACCAAGUGUCAUCAGUGUACCUCUUUGAUGGUGGGUUUGAUAAGACAAGGAUGUUCUUGUGAAGUGUGUGGAUUUUCAUGUCACAUAACUUGUGUCAACAAAGCUCCAACUGCUUGUCCAGUUCCUCCUGAACAGACAAAAGGUCCUCUGGGUAUAGAUCCACAGAAAGGAAUAGGAACAGCAUAUGAAGGGCAUGUCAGGAUCCCUAAGCCAGCUGGAGUCAAGAAAGGAUGGCAGAGAGCACUGGCUGUAGUUUGUGACUUCAAGCUCUUUCUGUACGAUAUUGCCGAAGGAAAGGCAUCUCAGCCCAGUGUUGUAGUCAGUCAAGUGAUAGACAUGAGGGAUGAAGAAUUUUCUGUGAGUUCAGUCUUGGCUUCUGAUGUUAUUCAUGCAAGUCGAAAAGAUAUACCCUGUAUAUUUAGAGUCACAGCUUCCCAGCUCUCAGCAUCUAGUAACAAAUGUUCCAUCCUGAUGCUAGCUGAUAGUCAAAAUGAGAAGAGUAAGUGGGUGGGAGUACUGAGUGAAUUGCACAAGAUUUUGAAGAAAAACAAAUUCAGAGACCGCUCAGUCUAUGUUCCCAAAGAGGCUUAUGACAGCACUCUGCCCCUCAUUAAAACAACCCAGGCAGCUGCAAUCAUAGAUCAUGAAAGAAUAGCUUUGGGGAAUGAAGAAGGGUUAUUUGUUGUGCAUGUCACCAAAGAUGAAAUUAUUAGAGUUGGUGACAAUAAGAAGAUUCAUCAGAUAGAACUCAUUCCAAAUGAUCAACUUGUUGCCGUGAUCUCAGGACGAAAUCGACACGUCCGGCUUUUUCCUAUGUCAGCUCUGGACGGGCGAGAGACUGAUUUUUAUAAGCUGGCAGAAACUAAAGGCUGUCAAACAAUAACUUCUGGAAAAGUGCAUCAUGGAGCCCUUACAUGCUUGUGUGUGGCUAUGAAAAGGCAGGUCCUCUGUUAUGAACUAUUUCAGAGCAAGACGCGUCACAGAAAAUUUAAGGAAAUUCAAGUCCCAUACAAUGUCCAGUGGAUGGCAAUCUUCAGUGAGCAACUCUGUGUAGGAUUCCAGUCUGGAUUUCUAAGAUAUCCCCUGAAUGGAGAAGGAAGUCCAUACAGUAUGCUCCAUUCAAAUGACCAUACACUCUCAUUUAUUGCACAUCAACCAAUGGAUGCCAUCUGUGCGGUUGAAAUCUCCAGUAAAGAAUACCUGCUGUGUUUUAACAGCAUUGGGAUAUACACUGACUGCCAGGGCCGAAGAUCUAGACAACAGGAACUGAUGUGGCCGGCGAAUCCUUCCUCUUGUUGUUACAAUGCACCGUAUCUCUCAGUGUACAGUGAAAAUGCAGUUGACAUCUUCGAUGUGAACUCCAUGGAAUGGAUUCAGACUCUCCCACUCAAAAAGGUUCGCCCCUUAAACAGUGAAGGAUCAUUAAAUCUUUUAGGCUUGGAGACGAUUAGAUUGAUAUAUUUCAAAAAUAAAAUGGCAGAAGGGGAUGAACUGGUAGUUCCUGAAACAUCGGAUAAUAGUCGGAAGCAGAUGGUUAGGAAUAUUAACAAUAAGAGGCGUUACUCUUUCAGAGUUCCGGAAGAGGAAAGAAUGCAGCAGAGGAGGGAGAUGUUACGAGAUCCAGAAAUGAGAAAUAAAUUAAUUUCUAACCCAACUAAUUUUAACCACAUAGCACAUAUGGGUCCCGGAGAUGGAAUACAGAUCCUAAAAGACCUGCCCAUGCCGGGUCUCCCUUAUCCAUCCCCUCAUCAUCACUCCGGUCUGAUCUCCUCUCCGAUCAACUUUGAGCACAUCUAUCACAUGACUGUUAAUUCUGCUGAAAAAUUUCUCUCUCCUGAUUCCAUAAACCCUGAAUAUUCCCCGUCUCUGCGCUCUGUCCCCGGUACACCGAGCUUUAUGACUCUGAGGAACCCUCGGCCUCAGGAAAGUCGGACAGCAUUCAGUGGCUCGGUCAGUAUUCCGUCUAUCACCAAAUCCCGCCCUGAACCCGGUCGCUCCAUGAGCGCCAGCAGUGGCCUGUCAGCAAGGUCAUCUGCACAGAAUGGCAGUGCGUUAAAGAGAGAAUUCUCUGGAGGCAGCUACAGUGCAAAGCGGCAGCCCAUGCCCUCCCCAUCGGAGGGCUCGCUGUCCUCGGGAGGCAUGGACCAGGGAAGUGAUGCCCCAGCGCGGGACUAUGACGGAGAGGACUCUGAUUCUCCGCGGCAUUCCACGGCUUCCAACAGUUCCAAUCUGAGCAGUCCUCCCAGCCCGGUGUCGCCCCGGAAGACCAAGAGCCUAUCUCUGGAGAGCACGGACCGCGGGAGCUGGGACCCGUGAGCGGGAGCUGGGACCAUGAGCAGCCUCCGCGCUCAGACGCUCUGGGCUCCCCUCCACUGCCCCCUCCUCUCACUGUCAUCUCUUCCCCAACCUCUGCCUGAAAACUCCAGGGCCAACUGCAGUAGCAAGGCGGGGGUUCAGGAAUUCUGCCUCUAGGACUUUCAUCCAUGCCCUCCUCGACUUAACAGCAACAACCAUAAAGGCAGACUUUCAUUGAGCAGCUUAGAUGAAUACUGAUUUCAUUUCAUACACUUAGCAUUGCUUUCCAAUUUCACCCUUCCCCUAAAAGGUAGCUUAAGUAGACAGAUUCCACACAUGUAAGCGAUAAGAAUAAGAUUAAGCAGACCUUGUUUUCACAGUAGAGUCUCGUAGCCCUGAGACAGCACGUGGGGCUCGCCAGUGGGCCCCGGGCGCGCGCCAAGCCCCUUCAGCACCACAGUGAAUGUCGACCUGAUCGUUGCCAGUAAAUCCCUUAUCACUAAAACGAUGCAUAUUUUACUACAAAACAGAGUUUAAAUAAAUACA